CCCGGGGAGCUGGGCUGGCUGUCCAUGGCCAGCCGCGAGGACCUGAUGAAGAUGGUGCGGCCGCCCUACUCGUACUCGGCGCUCAUCGCCAUGGCCAUCCAGAGCGCGCCCGAGCGCAAGCUCACACUCAGCCACAUCUACCAGUACGUGGCCGAUAGCUUCCCCUUCUACCAGCGCAGCAAGGCCGGCUGGCAGAACUCCAUCCGUCACAACCUGUCGCUCAACGACUGCUUCAAGAAAGUGCCCCGCGACGAGGACGAUCCAGGGAAAGGUAAUUAUUGGACUUUGGAUCCAAACUGUGAGAAAAUGUUCGACAAUGGGAACUUCCGUCGGAAGCGAAAGCGCCGCUCUGAAGCCAGCAGUAACUCCACGGUGGCCAUGGGGACAUCAAAAUCAGAAGAAGGACUGGGGGCUGGUGCAGGCUGGAAGCCAGAACGAAACAGCCCUUCCUCCCUGCCCCUGAAGCUCCCACAGUCCCCAGAGCCCCCUGAAGGUACCAAGAGUACUGCGUCCUCUCCGGGCUCUUCCCUGCUCAGCUCCACGCCCUGUCUCAGCACCUUCUUCAGCAGCCUCAGCACCCUAAGUAGCAGCAGCAGUGGCAGCGGCAGUGGAAGCACCCAGCGAGUCCUCCCCGGCAGCCGCCACCUGGGCAUCCAGGGUGCCCAGCUGCCCUCCAGCAGCGCGUUCCCCUCCACCUCCAUCCCUGAGGCCUCCUCCGACACCUUGCAGCUGAGUAGCAGCACCCGCAGCAGCCAGCGACCUUCCUAUUACAGCCCUUUCCCUGCCAGCAGCAGUGCAGCCCAGAGCAGCACCUUUGGCAGCCCCUUUUAUAACUUCAGCAUGGUCAACAGCCUCGUCUACCCCCGAGAGGGCUCGGAGGUGUAACGUGCCCCUUUCAGACAGAUCCUGCAGUUGAAUCAAGCUUCUGUGUGGUCCAGGCAAGCAGAGGACUCUUAACUCUCCAAGGAGCUAUCCUGGCUGUCUGGAUCCCAGCCUCUGGAUCUAUUCUGAGUCAGGCAGCCUGUGAGCCCUGUGCAGGCCAGGCCCAUCUCUGUUCUGUUUGUCUCUGUGUCCCAGGGUGGCAGGCCCAAAUGUGUCCCAGCAGCUCCAAAACAUGAAAACCACAGCACCUGGCACCUGAAGCAGUAGAGAGCUGGGCGGAAGCCUGCUGUGAGCAGCUGGUGGCCUUCUACAUAGCAGGGCGAUGAUAUUUUAGAAAAGCCAGAUAAUCUGGAUUUUUGUAGAAAAUGCCACAGAUCGUUGGACUUAUGUGCAGCUCACAGGUGUCCCCUGUCUGGUAUCUGGUGGUCACCAGUAGCAAUAAAAGUACGAGUAGCACUGUGUUCCAAGUACUGGUGUAGACGCCUGGACACACAUCUUAACCCACCAUCCUCAUAGCAACCAGAGGAGAUAGGUCUGACCAGCUCUCGUUUCUGUUUUGAGGGAAGGAGGACUCUGAGAUGUUAGCUGACUUGCCCCUAGUCACACAGGAUAUUGUAGAGCCGGGUAGAGCUAGUGCUUAUAACUUAGUGUUCUAGCUCCUAAAAUCAGCCAGCCUCGUGGGCCGAUUUCUGUAACAACAGAAGCGGGUAGGAAUAGAGCUGGAUCUUACCUAACCAAAGAUUCUAGUUAAAAAAUACCC